GGCGGAGGCCCGGACUUCCGCCGCCGGCACCGCCUCCUGCCGCGGUAGUCGGGCGGCCUCGGGAACGCGGUUUCGCUGUCCGUCGGGUCUGGGACGCAGGCUUGGGUUGGUGGGGGACCGUUUUGAUUAACCGUCUGUCCCCUUCCCCUGUUCUCUUUGGGGCUCAGUCGCCGGCGCGGACGUCGAGGCGCAUUUGCGCGCGAGGAGGAGCAAGGGCAUGGUCCGAACCUGAAGGACCUGCGCUCAAACCUAUACGCGGUGGCCCCUGGCUGGGGUGAAGCCCCCCCGGCUCCUGUUUUCGUUCUUGUCCUGCCCGCGGGUGCGGGCUCCUGGCUGCAGGAUGAACUGUCGCUCAGAGGUGCUGGAGGUGUCAGUGGAGGGGCGGCAGGUGGAGGAGGCCAUGCUGGCCGUGCUGCACACGGUGCUCCUGCAUCGAAGCACCGGCAAGUUCCACUACAAGAAGGAGGGCACCUACUCCAUCGGCACCGUGGGCACCCAGGAUGUGGACUGUGACUUCAUCGACUUCACCUACGUUCGGGUCUCCUCAGAGGAGCUGGACCGUGCCCUGCGCAAGGUUGUCGGGGAAUUCAAGGAUGCGCUGCGCAACUCUGGAGGUGAUGGGCUGGGGCAGAUGUCCCUGGAGUUCUACCAGAAGAAGAAGUCACGCUGGCCUUUCUCGGAUGAGUGCAUCCCCUGGGAAGUGUGGACAGUGAAGGUGCAUGUGGUCGCCCUGGCCACAGAGCAGGAGCGGCAGAUCUGCCGGGAGAAGGUGGGCGAGAAGCUCUGUGAGAAGGUCAUCAACAUUGUGGAGGUCAUGAACCGGCACGAGUACCUGCCUAAGAUGCCCACGCAGUCGGAGGUGGACAAUGUGUUCGACACGGGCUUGCGGGAUGUGCAGCCCUACCUAUACAAGAUCUCCUUCCAGAUCACUGAUGCCCUGGGCACCUCGGUCACCACCACCAUGCGCAGGCUCAUCAAAGACACCCUUGCCCUCUAGGCCUUACUGGAGCCACAGGCUCUCCUGGAUGGCUUACAGACCUUGGCUUCCAGGGAUCGUACUGUGGGGCCUUUGGGGCUCUGGAGCCUGCUUAGGCUCCUUGGUGAGACUUGGAAUGGCCACCUCUGGCUUCCUAGUUAUGUGGUUGCCAGUCCUUGGUCAUCCCUUUAACCUUUGCUCAUGGUCAAGUCUGGCCUUCAUUGUCUUUCUGCACCCCUGUGGGGGUCCCCCUUUCUCAAAUGUAUGGAAGAGCCAUCGUUGGGAUGGUGAAUAAAAUUGAGAAUGUGUUUGGGUUGA